UGUAACACUAAAAUAAAAAAAUAAGUCCCCAGGAGAAACCGGAUAUUGCUUUGCGAGCGGGUACGAUAUGACACAGUUCGAUGGGGGCGGUACCGUUAUUGACUGGAUCCUCUCUGUGCCACUGGGUAAAACGACUGAUUCUAGUUCUCCUCGAACUUUAUGUCAAGUCGGUUUGCACAUUUUUCAGCUAUUUUUCCCUAGUCGAUAUCCGCCCAUUGGCCAAUUGCAUUUCACCGCACAAAUAGCGGCAAAGUGCGCAUGAGUUUUUAAAAUUGUUUAGGCCGUUAUGCAAGCCGAUGCCGAAGAGACGAUAAAAUGGAAAAAUCCUGUGUCCGUCCACGAGGGCAUGGAGAUGUGGAAAAGAAAACAUGAAGACAAAUACAGGCACAGAUAUCAGACGAGGGACGGAUGCUACUGGCCUUUCGGAAGACCCGGAGGAGGAGCGCCUAACUCGGGGAACUUCAGGAAGCAGAGAGUUUCAAAAAAACACAAAGAGCCUGAAGCGACUUGCAAAAGCGAAGGAAAACUUCCGUAUCUGCCAGAAAAACAGGUUCGAUUUUCAAGAGGGGCCGAGCAAAUAUUGCGGUAUCAGUACCAAAAGGACGUACGAAGAUCAAUUGACACCCACUGGCGGUACAUGACAACUCCCCAAGAAAAAGCAGCGUACAGGAUGCAUCUCGACAGGAUCCUCCACGAGAAGAGAGCUUUCCGCGAACAAGAGAUGAGGCGGAACAUGAACCAAGACGUGCAAAACGCAAGUAUGGAACCGCCGUGGGGCAAAGUUGGUCCGGGCGGCCAGCAAUGGAGGCACCCCAGACAAGUAGGUCACAACUUCCUCCAUUCUUUGGGGUGGACGGGAGAGAAAGCCUUCAGAAAGCUCGAAGACCAAAUGGACCACCUAGCCGUACCGGAGCACCCGAUGAUAUCUCAGAAGGCCCAGAACGACCACCUCCAUUUCAAGACGCCUGAGGAAGAAUGGACAGGUGGAAUAGAGCUGGUGCCGCUUCUGGCUAGGAGGAGGUCUUUCAAAAAGGCGUCGAACCAUCUUCCCACGUGCGAUGUCACGAAUAGAGCCUAUUUCGAACAACCGCCUUCCUGGAGGGAGACGAAACAGCCGCAGGACUACCACAGAGAGCUGAACAACCAAGUCACUACCAAAAAACACCAACUGCAGGCGGAGAAAGAAGAAGAUCGAAGAGAGAGCAGGAAACACUUCGAGACCUGGGGCCGGUUCUGGGGGCGGCCUGGCCACGGCGCUCCUCGGCAGACCAAGGUGAAAGACAAUAUCAACAGGCUCCUCUACGACCCCCCGGUUAUUUGAUAGCACCAUAGGUAACGACAGGCGGUUUAAACGUUUCUGGGAUUCUCCUUCAACAUUGUUAAUUCGUAUUUAGUAUAGAUUUAAGAAUUUAAAUUUAUAUGAGUACAACUAAAAAUCAAAUAAUGUCCUUUUCUUUCAUAGUGAUUUGUUUGUGGUUUUUCAUUUUAAAUUGCAUGUAACUCUUAUUCGCACAAUUAUUUAUUUGAUGUUAUUAAAUAAUUUCAGAAUCUUUCUUAAUACAUCGAUUUCUCUGUUGAAGAAGCUUCAAAUUAAAAUCUUUCAAUUAAUUAAGGUUUUUAGUUGAGAUAAAAAAGUGAGGUUGAGAUGGAUGUUAGUUCCGAGUGGAUUGAAGUCACAAUAGCUCAAGUGGUAGAGCAGCGGCGUAUCUAGCCGAAGAUCGUGGGUUCGAAUCCCGUUCGUGACACCGAAUUUUUUAUCUCAACUAAAAACCUUAAUUAAUUGAAAGAUUUUAAUUGGUCAAGCGGACCACAAAACUAGUGAACUGCAAAUUAAAAAAUUGCAAAGUAAAGGCCAGUAUGUCGGAAAAAGAGCAUCCUAAUAUAUUACAAGCAUGGUAUUACAAAUUAGUUUGUAUUAUUUGUACAAAAUCCGUUAAAUUAAAUAUUUGAAUAAUAGUUAAUCGCGAUACCUCGUCACAUAGAAAAAAAUGAGGUAUCCGGCCACGUAAGUCCGCGACCUUUCACGUCCCGAGAUUUCACAUUAGCCCACCUGUAAGCCCGUAAAUCAACCGACAUACGGGAACAUCCACGGAUGUAAGGUUGAUAAAUAAACGGUUUCACUUUCAGAGUUGUAAUUUUUAUCGCGAGGUAUUUUAGCAGAUUGAUUUUUAGACAGAUGGGCAUGGGGUUGCCUAAACCACGCUGUAAUUAACGUCAAUAAAUAAAAUCGUAUUAUAACGAUAAAUUUCAAGCAUAGAAAAGGAUGUGUAGUCGGGUUUUCAAUCGCAAAACCAAAAGGAAAUUUUUUAAUCAAAAUUAACAUGUAAUUAGAAUUAAGAGAAAUUUAGCCUGUUUGAUAUUUCUCCAAUUGUUCAUCUCUCUAAUUAGCUUGCUAAUUAGAUGUAGAAUGACUAAAACGUCAAGAUAAGAAUAGAUUUCUUGCAGAUUUAAUUCGUUAAACUUAUCGCAAGAGAUGAACUGUUGAAUUAUCAUUAUUUCUUGAAUUGUAUGCACAUAUUCAUGCAAUUUCCAAUUGUUUAGAGCAAACUAUGGAAAAUUAUCAAAACCACAAAAUGUACAGAACGCACUUGUAAAAAUAAAAGUUGACUUGAUGUACAGAUGCUGAUGUUUAGUAUUUCACAUUAAAGUUGUAAAAAAUGUAUUAUAAACACGUUGUAUUA